AUGAGCGAGCCGCCGACGAGCCCAACCGAGGCGGCGCGCCCCAAGGCGAGGCGCAACAUCUCCUUUGCCCACGUCAACUGGACCCCGCGGGGCGGCACGAAUCCCCGGAGCAGCAGCAGGAGCCGGCCGUCCGGCGGCCUUCGCAGCAUCUCCUUUGCGCACCCGCAGCGCAGCAGGCACGCCACCGCGCCGGUCCGGCCGGGGACUGCGACCGGCGCCGGCCGACCGGGCGUGCCGCCCCGCGCGCUGUCCUUUUGCGACACGCGCUUCACCCCGUCCGGGCCGAACCUGGCGCUCCGCCAGGGCAGCGUGUCCGGCCCCUUCGCGUUCCUGAACCCGACGACGGCCAUCUUCGACAUUCGCACCGACGACGGGCUGUCGGAGGCGGGCGAGGGUGGCGGCGAGAGGGCGCGGAUCCGCUGGAACGCGCGCGAGUUUCGAAAGGGCCGCCACAUCUUCGUCCUCCCCCGCGCCGCGCCGCUCGCCCACCGCCUGCGCAACACCUCCAAGCUCAAGCGCGUGCUGCUCGGCAUCUGGCGCAUGGUCACCGUCUUCCCCUACUGGGACGUGUCGUGGCUGAUCGGCGUGUGCUUCACCGUCGGCUGCGCGCUCUUCAUCGCCUGCGGGCUGUUCUACUGGCUGCCCAUCGCCUACCCCGAGACGGAGUUUGCGCACGAGGAGGACGUGGCGGGGGGCAUCGUGUCGUUUGUCGGCGCCACGCUGUUCCAGGUGGGCGCGGUGCUGCUGAUGCUCGAGUCGUGGAACGACCGCGCCGAGACUAAGUUUGGCGGCGCCGUCGAGGCCUUUUUCGGGGAGCGCUUCAGCUUUCGGCGGGGCGCGCGGCGCGGGCGCGUGAGCCACGACAAGGAUGAAGAGGGCAGCGGCGCAGGCCUGGGUGGUGAUGAGGAGAGCGGUCCGGCGGCGGGGCCCCCGGUGCCGGCGCGCACGGAGGGAGAAGCGCGCGGCCGGCGUGGAGGCGCCGGCGACCCGUUCGGAGAGCGCGAGUGGCAGUGGCUGCCGUCGUGGCACGACGUCCGGACGCACUACAUCUACGAGAUCGGCUUCCUGGCGUCGGCGACCAUGUCGCUGGGCGCGACCAUCUUCUACCUGUGCGGCAUCCUCGCGCUGCCGGGCAUCCACCUCUCGCAGGCGGCGAAAUGGGGCGCCUACUACCUGCCGUACCUCGUCGGCGGCAUCCUGUUCGCGCUGGCGUCGCUGCUGUACGUGCUGGAGACGCAGCCGGACUGGCACACGCCGCAGCCGCGCAAGAUUGGCUGGCACGUCGGCGUGUUCAACCUCAUCGGCGGCGUGGGGUGGACGCUGGCAGCGGCGUUUGGGUACUGCGGCGGCGCGCAGCACUGGUGCGCGUACCAGAGCGAGCUGUCGCUGAUAUGGGCGUCGGUGGCGUUUACGUUUGGAAGUGCGCUGCAGUGGUACGAGUCGCUGGACAAGUAUGUCUUUGUGAUUGAGGAUUAG